AUGCUGCACGAAGAGGUGAGAUACGAGCCUCCCCCGGUUUCGACCUAUCCCUUCAAGAUCGCCGCGAAGCGUUACUGGUUGCCCCAGUUCGAAUCAAACAUCGGCAGUCCUGGGGCAUUGACUCUCGUAUUCCUCCAUUCCACGAGCUUCCAUAAGGAAACAUGGGAGCCGACUUUGGAAUGUCUCUUUGAGCUCUUGGCGAACCAGAAGAAGGUAGUAGUGAGGGAAGCCUGGGCUAUCGACUGUCCGAACCACGGAGUAGCCGCCGUACUGAACCAGGCGCUCUUGCAAGACCCGAAGUACUCAAACCAGUUUACCUGUGAGAAGUACGCCUGUGCAGCCCACGCGUUCCUGACGUCGGGGCCAGUCGACUUCCGACAUCGAAAUCUGGUCGGCAUCGGCCACUCGUUAGGGGGUGUGGCAAUGACGAUCUUGCAAUGCAAACAGCCCGCUGUCAGGUUCUCCUCGGUCAUCCUGGUGGAACCCAUGCUGAGUCCGCACGGCAUGGACCAUCUCGCUGAACUGCGACGCAGCCUGGUGCAGUCCGCACGGCGUCGGCAGUUCCUCUGGGAAAGCCGCGACUCUGCCAUCCGGUCUUUUGAGCGGAGCCGGGAGCGAGCCGCGAGCAGGGGCCGUCGCGCCUGGCACCCAAAGGUAGUGCAGCUAUACAUAGAAUAUGGUCUAAGACCCUGCAGGGAUGGCUACACGCUAUCCUGUACCCGGGAAGAAGAAAUAGCCAUGUACGAAGACAAGGACGGAUCCACCAAGCCCGUGAAGUGCUUAGACGAAGCGUGCAGGCGCCUCCCUAUCCAUCUGAUGCUCGGAGAAUUUCCGGAUUACAUUCCGAAGGCCGUGCAGGACGCACUGAGUUCCGGACGUACUUUCGCUUCACGGCGAACGAUCUUGGGCGCAGGCCAUCUCGUACCCCAAGAAGUCCCAGAAGAACUAGCCAAACAUCUAUUCGAAACGCUGAUCACAUACCCGCCGGAUCCAAGACAUAUUCAGUCCAGGCUCUAG